AUGGGACAUUCUGGAGCAGUUUGCCCGGUGUCCCGGGUGGGGGACAGCAGCAGGACCAGCCACAGAGAAAUGUCCAGAGCCAGCUGCCAUCCCUUUGACCAGUUCCUGCGGCUGCUGUUGCUGCAGCUACAUCACUGCAUGCAUGACUUUGAGAUCACCAUCAGGACCUUGGUGAAUGUACUCCUCCUGGCGUUUUAUAUCCGCAUGGUGUCCAUCAGCCUCAGGUUCAGCUCCUUGGAUCUGAUUUUCAGCCAUCUGACCGUGGCCAACACCAUGAUUCUUCUCACCCUCGGAAUCCUGGAGACCCUGUCAGCCUGGGGGUGGAGAAAUUUCCUGAGUGACGUUGGAUGUAAAUUCCUCAUGUAUAGUCCUCGAGUGGUCCGGGGGCUGCCCAUCUGCACCACCUGCCUUCUGAGCAUCUUCCAGGCAGUCACCAUAAUCCCUGGGAACCCCCAGUUGGCCCGGAUCAAAGCCAGUUUACCCACGGGUGUCGUCCUCUCCUGCCUCCUGUCCUGGUGCCUCAGUCUGCUCGUCAGUGUCAGAGUGAAAACCAUCCCGCUCAUCAUCAUCACGUUCUCUCUCUGCGACUUGAUCUUCGUGGGGCUCGUGAGAGCGGCCAGCGGCUACUUGGUGUUCAUCCUGUACAGACACCACCGGCGGGUCCGGAAUCUCCACGGCCCCGGAUGCUCCUCCGGGGCGAUGUCCGAGGUCAGGGUGGACAAGAGGGUGACUGCCCUGGCCGCCCUCUGUGUCCUCCUCUAUGGGGAGCAGUCCAUCAUGCUGAGUGUUAUACUCAACAUGAAAGAAAAAUCUCCUCUCCUGGGUUGGGGGCUGGCCUCGGCGUCCUCGGGUGGGGAUGCAGAUGUCCGGGAGGGGGAUGAUUAUGAGCCCGGAGGUCCUAUCAUGAUGCCCAAGGACAUCUUGCAGGACAUGCCCAACGUCUACACGGUGAAAGAAUUCCUCCUGCUGCUACAGAAUAUGUUCUCCUCACGGUAA